AGCGGCACAAGCGCAGUGUGGAACGGCCCCGCAUCGACUCGGCUCAGCUAGGCUGAACCUGCACCCCGCUCCGCUCGAGCGUCCGCUGGUAGCCAGCAGAGAAGUGGAGUGCAAGGGGUACAGUGCGCUGCCCGCCAUUCACCAUGUCGGCUUUCAAAACAAUCAUACAGCGGGCUACAGAGGAUGCUCUAUCCGUAUCUACCUCCUAUUUGCCCCCCUUGGCAGCGGCGGCAGCAAGCGCUGUUCCAGUUGUAGCUGCCGCCCCCUCGCUCGCAUCUACAUCACGGCGUCACCAUCGAGCAGCACUGUCACCAAGUUUAUCACAUGGGCAUGACAUGUUGCGCCGCGUCGUAGACCCAGGGGCAGCCGCCGCCAAGCGCGCGGGGCCCGUGCUAGCCGACGCAUUCGCCCAGGUGCAUCAGACAUUGCGGCGCCGCGAAUCGGUACACGCCCACACCGAGCACAUGUCCCUGCCGCAGGCGCUGGCAUACGACGCCACAUCCAGCAUUAGCGCGAUCACCAUCCUCUCUAUCCUCGGCGGCUUCAUCUUCGUCUUUCUCACCUGCAUCGCCAUCUCCCGCAUCCUCGCCAUCACCAACCGGCCGUCCCGGGAGGCCUUUCCUUACCAGGCAGCCAGCGGCAAGGGAAUGUACCAGCCAAGCGCCAACAUGCCGUCGCGCCUCACAGCCACGAGCGGCCAGAGCCGCAUCGCGAGCGCGAGCGCCGGCCUGCUCGCCGGCGCAGCGCCUAUGGGCGGCCGUGACAGCACCGUCGGCAGCGUCGACACACUCCCCUACGGUCAGGCCCCCCACUUGGACUUUGCCGGCCGAGGCGUGCUCCAGCACACCCGCGGCGCCUCGAGCGGACUCGGCUUUCCGGGCCCGCCGACUGCCGCGCGCAGAGGGCCCGGCGCGCAGGGCGGGCAGCAGCACCCACCCCUCGGUGGCGGCAGCGGCAGCGGUGCGCCCGCGCCCGCGCCUGAUGGCAGCGGCUUCCAACCCGGUGCAGUGUACACGGGCGCAAGCGUGGCGCCGCGCCUGCGGAGCCCGCUGCACAACGGCCCGCCACCCGCGUCCGACGGCCGGCGCCAGAGCCGCUACAACCGCAUCGGCGGCGGCCUUAACGGCGGGCUCGGUGUGCACACAGCUGGUGCGCAGCAGCAGCAGCAGCAGCCCCUACGCGACCCGCACAACCGCAUGAGCAUGGCAGACCGCAGGAGCCGCAUUCAGAGCGUCGGUGCCGGUGUGUACCGCAAAAGCAUGUACAUGGACGACCCGCAGGCUGCUGGCGCCUCGGGCUCCACCGGUAUCAGGCGCGUCGAGAGCAUAUCGCGCGGCAACUCGCUGCGCUACCGUGAUAGCACACCUGGCGUUCUAGAGACGCCUGGCAGCGAAGUGGGGGUCGGGGCCGGGCGCCGUCUCUCCGCGCGUGGGCCGCAGUCGCUGUACGGCGCGAAUGCUGGCAGCCGCUUGGUCGUCGGCAACGGAAGCGCCGCCGUCACCUCCAGUGGGCAGUCGUACCCGCCCAACUCUUCCGCGUCGCCGCAACAUUGUCCGCACGGCCCGCCCCCCAGCGGCAGGCCCAAGCCAGACCGCAGAUCCAUCUACGGCGACCGAGGCACCGACGCCGAGCGCGGCGCGUUCCUUAGCGCGCAGCGCGAAGGCUUCGGCAGCGGCAGCUCAGCAGGGAAAUAUGGCCCGCUGCAACCGCGAGCGGGCGCGGGUGCGGGCAGCGCGCCGCAGCUUGCACCCAUCGACACCUCUUCCGCGCCGCUCUCGUCGAACAGUAUCGGACUCAUGGGCAUGCGCAGCAGCAGCGCCGGCUCGCAGCAGGAGUUCCUCUCCACCCCCAGCCCCAGCGCUGGCAGCAUGUUCUCGCACGGGUACGUCGUGCCGAACCCGACGGCGCCAAACUACGGCGCGUUUGCCGCGCAGCACAAUGCCGCUCUCAGCCAGAGCACAUACAACGCCGCUGCGCCCUUGUCAGGCACGCCGGCUGGCGCUGCUGGCUUGCGUCCUGGCAUGCCUGCGCGCCAGGUGAGCGGGGCCAGCAGCAGCGCCGGCAGCGGCCGUGCGAGCCCAAUAGGUGGCAGUGGUGGCGCUGACCUGUUUUCCUCUGCUCCGCUUCCGCGUAACACGUCGAGCGCCGCUGCGAGCGGGGCAGGAGGGCCUGGUGCGUAUCCAUACUCGGGCGGACCGUCAGGCGGCGGCGGUCCGCCGAUAGGGUUUGGUGCCCCGCCAGGCGCAGGCGCGUACGGCCCUGGACCAGGUGGCUUUGCGCCUGGGCGGGGCAUCGUCGCCAGCGGGCGGCACCUUGUCUGAGCCAGGUUCUCUGUCCUCCUCUCCCCCUUUAUGGUUGUUUGGCAAGCGCGGAGGAAGGGGACGAGCUUUUUGGUUUCCACGGAAACUGACCGGGCAUCCCGCCGCUGCUGGACGGCGCGGGAUAUGUAUAUCGCACUGCAGCGGCCCAUCGGCAGCAAUGGCAGUUAUGUAGCCGAGGCAAGACAGGACACGAUACAGAGAGCGAAGCGACAAGGAGCACACAAUUCUCUUUCUUUAUACGACUGAUAUCAUACAACUUCACUUCUAGCAAAAUCGACAUCUUAUCAUAUCAUCACCUCCACCA